AUGUUGUCCAAGGCUAUCGCGAUCCUGGCGGCGGCGACGUUGACGUCGGCCGCCACGCCCAUGGGUUUCAUGCCCAGUUCAAACACUCCCCUAAUUGUUUCUUACGGAGGCAUCUCGGCACUGGAUGGCGUGAACCUGCCCAAGGAUUCUAGUCAGACUCAACCCACGAUCGCGACCGAGCAGCAGCUCAAGGGCCAGUAUGCGGUGAUAAUGGUGGAUAUCGACGUCCCGACCAACGAACCCCCGAAGACGGGAACUCUGCUCCACUGGAUGCAAACCGGCCUCAUGUCCGCUGACACCCCGACGACGCUCAACACGACCGCCGGGCCCAAGAAGGUCUUUCUCAUGCAGAACAAGAUGAACGCGGCAGCGCUGGCGCCGUACAUUGGUCCCAACCCGCCUGCGAGAGAGCCCCUCAGCCACAGAUACACCUUCGUUGCGGUCGACCAUACGACGAUUACCCAGCAAGGCCUCAUGGCCCUCUCUGGCGCCGCCCAGAGCCGUCGCGACUUCAACGUCAUGAACGGUCUCAUGGCAGCCGGUCUUUCGGACAAGGUCGUCGCCGGCAACUUCUUCCGCGUCACAAACGCCGGACCCGUUGGCGCUGGCCAGGGUGCGGGUGGUGGAGGAGGCCGCGGUAACGGCACCGGUGGAGGAGGUGGCAUGCCCACGCAGCCCAUGCCGAUGCCAAUGCCUAACCCUGCGCCCACUGGAACCCCGACUGCGCCCGGUGGCGGCGGAAUGCCUGGCAUGCCCGGCAUGCCCGGCAUGAGCAUGGCCCCCAGUAUGACUAUGUCCAUGCCCGGUAUGCCCGGUGCCAGCGCGCCCCCCGCCGGAGGUGCUCAGCCGUCAAUGCCGGCCCGUGCCAGCGGUCUCAGUCUUGCUCCCGGCCUCGGCCUCAUGACCAUGGGACUCUGCCUCAUUGGCUCCCUGUUCAUCUUCAUGUAA